AUGGUAUUUCUAAGAAAACUCGCUCGAUCUCGCCCUUCUUUUCACUUUUCACUCUUUCCUCGGUUCUUAUCAUAUGUACGAUCAUCGGAUACUCUUGAAAUAUAUUCAACAGGAUCAUUUGAUGAUUUAAGGCGGGAAGGUUGUUAUUAUUUAGAUAAGACUCACUUCAUUUCUAAAAUAGAGGCUCUCCGUGCUCCUGCCAUCCUUUCCCUACGUCCUCGUAGUUUCGGAAAAACACUAUUCCUCUCUACUUUGUCCUCUUAUUAUGAUAUAAAAAACAGAGAACGAUCCGAACAACUUUUUGGGGAUUUAUAUAUCGGCAAAAACCCUACAAAAUUAGCAUCCUCAUUCCUCGUUCUGAAAUUCAAUUUUAUUGGACUUCGUACCAAUUCAACAUUCGAAAUCUUCGAGGAAAACUUUAACACAGGAUUGAAUAGAUUUAUGUCUAGAUUUAUGAACCGAUAUAGACAAGAAUUGGGUGAAUAUUUCCGGACUGUUUGUAUAAAUAAAGAUCCUUUGGACAAUUUCAUGAUGUUAUUGGAAGUGGUACAAUUAAGUGAUCGCAAGCUCUAUGUUUGCAUCGACGAAUAUGAUGCUUGUAUGAACGAAGCUCUUAAAAACGAAACACUCUUACAAUCUCUUAACGCUUAUAAUAAUUCCUCAGUUCAAAGUAAAGUCGAAAAAAUUGAGAGUUCGUUUAAACAAUUUUAUGGGUUGUUGAAGUAUGCUUGUGAUGAAGGCAUAGCUCGUAUUUUCCAAACUGGUGUUACUCCUCUCGUUUUGACCGAAUUCAACAUUUCGAAAGAUUUGGCGUUAAUUGAAGAAUUUUGGGACAUGUAUGGUUUCAAGAAAUCGGAAAUUGAGUUUCUCUUGGAUAAGGCUUUUGGAAAUCGUUUAUCAGCUAAUAUUAAAGAGGAAAUAAUGUCAUGGUUAAAGGAGGAAAAUGAUGGAUAUUUUUUUCAUCGUGAUCAACCUGAAGGGAUUUUCAACACUGCACGUGUUUUGCACUGUAUUACUGGGUUGAUGGAAGGAAUGAAAAAAUUCGAUGGUAAUUGGGAUCCUUUAGUUGCCCUUGAUACACUUCUUGACAUCCCCUCCCCUUACCGAGGCACUCAAUCGACGCCCUCUCGAAUCUAG